AUGAAGUUCCUGGGUGUUCCGGAUUGGAUUAUACUGGUGGUGACAGCGCUGGUUCUGCUGUAUCUGUACGCAGCCAGACACAGGAACUACUGGAAAGAGCAGAAUGUCGUCCAUGAGAACUUCUCUUUGAUAUUUGCAGCAAUGCGGCGAAUGCUGUUCAAGCCUUGUCAUCGCAUGGAUCAAGAUAGGUACACUGAAUUUGGGAAAUUGUUCGGCGUCUAUGAAGGCGGGAAACCUGUGCUCUUCGUAGCUGAUCCGGAAUUGGUGAAGCUUGUUCUCGUCAAAGACUUCCCUUCCUUGCCAAAUAGAAGGGUGGUUAACCUCUUCGAUCCCAUUCUGGACAACAUGAUGCUCAUCACCCCAGUAGAAAAGUGGAGGAGGAUCCGACCGGCAGUAAGCCCGGCGUUUUCUACGGGGAAGCUGCGCAAGAUUUUAUGGAAGCUACACUCUCGAUGUCAUUGCCAGGUGCGCAUUCGCCACCCAACUUGACUCGCACAGUGAUGAGACCAACGAGUUUGUCACGAAAGCUAGACAGGCUUUUUCAGGCAAAGUAACG